GCGGGACAGGCAGCUCUGAGCGCCUGCGUGAUGAGGCCCCUCAGGAGAUACGGGACCCUACCGGAACGCUGGGGACGCGUCCGAGUUCUAGGAUUUGGGGCAUACACCACCAUGUUAAGGAUGAGCUCUGAUUUUUUUCCCCAGUGUUGGGGAUUGAACCCAGGACCUCACACAUGACUGAAGCUCUGCAGUCCCCAGGGCACCUCUCAGGACUCACGGGAACCUCCUGCACCUUGGUGAUGGCACAGAGGGACUGCUUUCUUAUGUAUAGCCUGAAUAACUGCCAAGAAGGAAGGCGAAAGCAGAGCUCUUAGGCUUGUGUAGCUUGGACCUCAGACCGUCAUACCAGACCCCUUUCAGAGCCCGAGGACACUGAACCAGUGAUCUUGAGUCAUGAGUGAAACAUCUUCCCUUUCUGAGAAAGAAGUACGAGAUGGACAGGUGGAAAGAGUCUCCGUUGUGCACUCUUCGUUGUACAAGGACAGCGGUGCACUCACGGCUUUCCGAGGAAUUUCUAUCUCGGAGCUGAAGAACCACGGCAUUCUCCAGGCCCUGACCACAGAAUCGAGUGGAUGGCAGCCAGGGGUUGUGAGUGCAGAGGUGCUCAGAGCCCAGGAAGAGUGGGACGUGGUAGAGGUCAUCCACCCAGACCCAGAGAGUGGGAUCAGCUCUCAGCAGCCUGGCCAGCUCAUCUCCUUCAGCGAAGCCCUGCAGCACUUCCAGACUGUGGACCUCUCGUCCUUCAAGAAAAGAAUCCAGCCAACUAUUCGAAGGACUGGGCUCGCCGCCCUCCGGCAUUGCCUCUUUGGGCCACCAAAGCUGCACCAGGGGCUUCGGGAAGAAAGAGACUUGAUCUUCACCAUUGCUCAGUGUGGCCUGGACAGCCAGGACCCGAUGCAUGGCCGAGUGCUCCAGACCAUCUACAAGAAGCUGACGGGCUCCAAGUUUGACUGUGCACUCCACGGAGACCAUUGGGAAGACCUGGGCUUCCAGGGAGCAAAUCCAGCUACCGACCUCCGGGGAGCCGGCUUCCUUGCCCUCCUGCACCUACUGUACCUGGUGAUGGACUCAAACACCUUGCUGAUGGCCCAGGAGAUCUUCCGCCUGUCUCAUCACCAUGUCCAGCAAUUCCCCUUCUGUUUGAUGUCUGUGAACAUCACCCGCAUUGCCAUCCAGGCCUUGAGGGAAGAGUGUCUCUCCAGGGAGUGUAACCGGCAGCAGAAGGUCAUCCCGGUGGUGAACAGCUUCUAUGCAGCCACCUUCCUUCACCUGGCACGGGUGUGGAGGACCCAGCAGAAGACUAUCUCAGACUCAGGCUUUGUCCUCAAAGACUUGGAAGUAUUGGCCAAGAAGAGCCCAAGACGGCUGCUCAAGACCCUGGACACCUACCUAGCCCAGGCAUCAAAGGGACAGGCCUCCUUGUUGGGGGCACAGAAAUGCCCUGGAUCCCAAGGGCCUCACUCCAAGGACCUCACCUUCACAGGCGUGUGUGACCUACAGUCUCAUUCAUUGGAGAGUGCAGGGAUGAUGUGAGCCACGGAGACCAUUCCAAGAAAGACAGUCUGGGUCGCUGGAGCCUUCAGAACUGAAGAACUGGGCCAAAGCCCUUCGUGCCUCUGCAGGUGAGAGGAGGAAGCCGGCAGGCGAGGGUGGUGAAGCCUAAGAUUCCGCACCAGCACAGCACGGUCAGGCAGCUAGAUUUAAUCUCCACGCCGUCCUUCCCAGCCGGGCUCCGGAUAUCUCAGCAGAAGUGAACAGUCCAUACAGUGGGACCGCCCUAUCUGAACUGUCUACACAUCUGCACCUAAAAGCAAGCAGCUGGGAUUCUGACUCUCCAACAGCUGUCCCCAGCGUCUGUGGUUGGAAUUACAAGGGCAGAGACAGCAAUAUCUUCAGCCAGCAGGGGGCAGCACAACACAGAAAAAGUGACUGAUGGGCCCCUCCCUCUCUUCCUCCAGCCUCCAUGAUUUUCAGGACACACGUUCCCACCCUUCUCCCCUUCCCCUCCCUCUCCUUUGCCCACCUUUGUUUGUAAUCUAGAAAUGGGUACUCAGCUAGUCACCGCGGCGCCCCGUCCCCACCGACCGCAGCCUGGGGCUCCUGUGGAGGCCAUCCGUUAUCCAUCCUGGCUGAGAGGCAAUGUAAGCCCGCUCUACCCACCAGCAGUUUUAGAAUAAAGGAAUUGUGGCAA